GUAAUCACAGAAGGUAAACAAGUCUUAUAAUUAAGUAAACUUUGUAACCAUCGACUCCUAAUUAAUUUGUCAGCAGGGGAUUUAUUUUUCUAGCUACCGGCAAGGACGACUAUAUACAGCCUUCGAUCUCUUCUGCGCUCGAUCAUAUAUCCAUCACUUAUGGCUACAUCACAUGUCCCAAAGUUUGGCAACUGGGAAAACGACGACGUACCCUACACGGCCUACUUUGACAACGCACGCAAAGAGAAACCCGGCGGCGGCGGCCAUGUCAGAUUCAAUCCGAACGACCCCGAAGAGAAUCCCGAGGCCUUCAUGGGAGCUAUGAAUAGCGUGCACCAUAUGCCUCUGGAAAGCGAAGCACCUAAUUAUCAUCAUCAUAGUUAUAAUAGUAAACAUUAUACUGAGAAAAGCAGCUCCGAUAAUUCACAGCUGCGGCGACCUGCAGGAGAUCACGAUCACCACCAGGGUCGUCAAAGAUCACCACGUGUGAAUGUUGUAUCUGAUCAUCAUAAGAAGAAGACUACUCCUUCUUCUUCUUAUUCGGCUAAAGGAAUAAGUGACCGUAGCUCUAGCUCCGCGUCGGACAUUAAAGGUCACGGGAGACACACAAGCACUGGUUGUAGUAAUAAAAAUAACAGUAUUGAGAAUCACUUUUCUGAUCAUGAUCAUCAUCACCAACAUCAUCAUAGAACAACAUCAAUACCAAAAUUUGGAGCUUGGGAUGUGAAUGAUCCAAAGUCAGGAGAAGGAUUUACUUUCAUAUUUGAGAAAAUGAAGGAAGAAAAGACCAACCCAACUGCUAAGGUCCCAGAUAUUGCGCCUACCCCACAUCACAACUAUUUUAAAGAUCAGAGCAAACGUUCUAGUAAGAGAUCUUGUAUGGCAAAGAUAUGUUGCUGUUUUCCAAGUGGAGGAGAAUGAUUUUACGUGGAUAUAUAUUAUUUACUUUUAUUUUUCAGUGUGUGUGUAGCAAAGUCCGAACUAAUUUUUUCUCGUUUAUAUUGUACAAUUAAAAUAGAUACACUUUGGAAUUUGAAUGAUUGGAAAUUAUAUUUUGUCUUAUUAUAUUAUCCAACUCAUCAUUGGUUAUGUGUUGCUAGUAAUGAUUGAGUACUGA